CUCAAAACCAUCGACCACGACAGCGCCAUUUUCCUCAAUCUCUCUCCUCCGAUCCUCUCUUGCCCUAGGGAGAGAGAGGAAGAGAGAGAUCGAUAUAUAUAUCCGGGCCGUCCAUCCAGGGAGCGCUACCGUGGUGGUCGUCGUCCGCAGCCACGCGUGGCGGCCGCGACGAUGGGCAACUGCUGCGUGUCUCGGCCGUCGUCAGGCAAGCGGCGGGGUGCCUGCCGCGGUGGCGCCGGCGGGCCGAACCGUGGCGGGCGCCUGGGCGGCGCCAACGUGCGGUCCAGCUCCACGCUGUCCUCCAUCUCCGCCACUGCCGCGACGCAGGCUUGGUCGCCGCUGACCGUGCUGGGGAAGGGCCUCGCCGCGGAGGUGAGCGCCGAGGAGCUCCUCCGGCGGUACCAGCUCGGCGAGGAGCUGGGGCGCGGCGAGUUCGGCGUGACGCGGCGGUGCACGGACACGGCCUCGGGCGAGGUGGUCGCGUGCAAGUCCAUCAGCAAGCGCAAGUUGCGCAGCAGCGUGGACAUCGAGGACGUGAGGCGCGAGGCGGCCAUCAUGCGGUCGCUGCCCGAGCACCCCAACGUCGUGCGCCUGCGAGAGGCCUUCGAGGACGGCGACACCGUGCACCUCGUCAUGGAGGUCUGCGAGGGCGGCGAGCUCUUUGACCGCAUCGUCUCGCGCGGCCACUACACCGAGCGCGCGGCCGCCGGCGUCAUGCGCACCAUCAUGGAAGUUGUCCUGCAUUGCCACAAGCAUGGCGUCAUGCACCGGGACCUCAAGCCUGAGAACUUCCUGUAUGCCAACACAUCUGAGACCUCCCCUCUCAAGGUCAUCGACUUUGGCCUCUCUGUGUGCUUCAAACCAGGUGACAGGUUCAGUGAGAUCGUUGGAUCCCCCUACUACAUGGCUCCUGAAGUCCUCAAGAGGAACUAUGGUAAAGAAAUAGAUAUAUGGAGUGCAGGAGUCAUACUCUACAUCUUGCUAUGUGGCGUCCCACCAUUCUGGGCAGAGACUGAUGAGGGCAUAGCGCAGGCUAUAAUCCGGUCCAACAUCGACUUCCAGAGAGAGCCAUGGCCAAAGGUGUCGGAAAAUGCGAAGGAUCUUGUGAGGAAGAUGCUUGACCCGAGCCCCUACUCUCGGCUGACUGCCCAGCAGGUUCUAGAACAUCCUUGGAUACAGAACGCCAGUGCAGCUCCCAACAUCCCACUCGGAGAAGCAGUGAGGUCCAGGCUGAAGCAAUUCACUGUCAUGAACAAGUUCAAGAAGAAGGCCCUGCUUGUGGUUGCAGAGUACCUACCAGCCGAAGAGCUGGAAGCAAUCAGGGAGUUGUUUCACAUGCUGGACACCAACAAGGAUGGGCACCUGACAAUCGAAGAGCUCAGGAAGGGACUGCGACUGAUAGGACACAACGUCCAUGACACAGAUGUGGAUAUGCUCAUGGAAGCUGCAGACAUGGACGGCAAUGGGACCCUGGACUGCAAGGAGUUCGUGACAGUCUCCAUUCAUCUGAAGAAGAUCCGUAGCGAGGACCACCUGCCCAAGGUGUUCAGCUACUUCGACAAGAACGGGAGCGGGUACAUCGAGAUCGAGGAGUUGAAGGAGGCCCUCUCUCCGAGAGGUGACCAGAAGGCAAUCGACGACAUAAUCCUAGAUGUCGACAAGGACAAGGACGGGAAGAUAAGCUACGAGGAGUUCGAGCUGAUGAUGAAAGCUGGAAUGGACUGGAGGAACACGUCGCGGCAGUACUCGAGAGCGGUUUACAACACCCUCAGCCGCAAGAUGUUCAAGGAUGUCUCCCUGAAGCUUGACGCUAACAAUGGCCCACUUGCUGCAGCAGCCGUCGUUGUCAAAGAACAAGCGGUUGACUGAGUCAUGUCGUCUCUACUACCUGCAAACUCAACUAAAACAGAGAAUGCGAGAACUGUACCCAGUUUUCAGUGUUUUGUGUAUAGGUCGCCACAUUUUGGCAAGCAAAUGUAUCAGGGCGGGUCAAUUGACUUAGUUUCAGGUGCAAAAUGCCAAUGCUCUCCGAGAACUACACGCUUACUCUUUCUCAUAAAACAACAAAACAAGAUGCUGUUAUGGGAAUUGUGGCUCUGGUGAAAAUAAAGAAACGACUACAUCUUCAGAAACA